GAUUGGAAUGUCACAUGGCACACCAGCAGCCCCGACUUUACCAAGUGCUUUCAGAACACCGUCCUCACAUGGGUGCCUUGUCUCUACCUCUGGUCCUGUUUCCCCCUCUAUUUCCUCUAUCUCUCCCGACAUGACCGCGGCUACAUCCAGAUGACACACCUCAACAAAGCCAAAACAGCUUUAGGAUUCUUGCUGUGGAUCAUCUGCUGGGCAGACCUCUUUUAUUCUUUCUGGCAAAGAAGUCAGGGAGUAUUCCUAGCCCCGGUGUUACUGGUCAGCCCGACACUGCUGGGCAUCACCAUGCUGCUCGCCACCUUCUUAAUUCAACUUGAGCGAAGGAAGGGAGUUCAGUCCUCUGGGAUUAUGCUUAUUUUUUGGCUUGUAGCCCUACUGUGUGCCGUCGCCAUCUUGAGAUCUAAGAUCAUCUCUGCCUUAAAAAAGGAUGCCCAGGUGGACGUUUUUCGAGACACCACGUUCUAUAUGUACUUCACCCUCGUGCUUGUCCAGCUUGUGCUGUCCUGUUUCUCAGACAGCUCACCCCUGUUUUCCGAAACCGUCCAUGACCUGAAUCCUUGCCCAGAGUCCAGCGCCUCCUUCCUGUCCAGGAUCACUUUCUGGUGGAUCACAGGGAUGAUGGUGCAGGGCUACCGCCAGCCCUUGAAGAGCAGUGACCUCUGGUCACUGAAUAAGGAGGACAAGUCCGAAGAAAUCGUUCCUGUGCUGGUAAAUAACUGGAAGAAGGAGUGUGCUAAGUCGAGGAAGCAACCUGUACAGAUUGUGUACGCAUCUCCCAAAGAUCCCAGCAAGCCCAAGGGAAGUUCCAAGUUGGAUGUGAAUGAGGAGGUCGAGGCGCUGAUUGUCAAGUCCCCCCAGAAGGACAAGGACCCCUCUCUGUUCAAGGUGUUAUACAAAACCUUUGGGCCCUACUUCCUCAUGAGCUUCCUGUUCAAGGCCCUUCAUGAUCUGAUGAUGUUUGCCGGCCCCAAGAUCUUGGAAUUGAUUAUCAACUUCAUGAAUGACAGGGACGCCCCCGAUUGGCAGGGCUACUUCUACACAGCACUGCUGUUCGUCAGCUCCUGUCUGCAGACGUUGGUUCUGCACCAGUACUUUCACAUCUGCUUCAUCAGCGGCAUGCGUAUCAAGACGGCCGUGGUGGGCGCUGUCUACCGCAAGGCCCUUGUGAUCACCAAUUCGGCUAGAAAGUCUUCUACGGUUGGGGAGAUCGUCAACCUCAUGUCUGUGGAUGCCCAGCGCUUCAUGGACUUGGCCACAUACAUUAACAUGGUCUGGUCAGCCCCUCUGCAAGUCAUCUUAGCCCUCUGCCUCCUGUGGCUGAACCUGGGCCCAUCUGUGUUGGCUGGGGUGGCUGUGAUGGUCUUCAUGGUGCCCUUCAAUGCUGUGAUGGCAAUGAAGACCAAGACCUACCAGGUGGCACACAUGGAGAGCAAAGACAACAGAAUCAAGCUGAUGAAUGAGAUUCUCAAUGGGAUCAAAGUCCUUAAGCUGUAUGCCUGGGAGCUGGCGUUCCAGGACAAGGUCAUGGACAUCAGGAAGGAGGAGCUGAAGGUGCUCAAGAAGUCUGCAUACCUGGCAGCUGUGGGCACCUUCACCUGGGUCUGCACACCUUUCCUGGUGGCCCUGUCAACCUUUGCUGUGUAUGUGACCGUGGAUGAGAACAACAUUCUAGAUGCAAAGAAAGCCUUUGUGUCCCUAGCCCUGUUCAAUAUCUUGCGCUUCCCACUCAACAUCCUGCCCAUGGUCAUCAGCAGCAUUGUGCAGGCCAGCGUCUCCCUCAAGCGUCUCAGGAUCUUUCUGUCUCAUGAGGAGCUGGAUCCAGACAGCAUUGAGAGGUUGUCGAUCAAGGAUGGUGGGGGGAUGAAUAGCAUCACUGUGAAGAACGCAUCAUUCACAUGGGCUAGGGAUGAACCUCCCACACUAAAUGGCAUCAACUUCUCCAUCCCUGAAGGAGCCCUUGUGGCCGUGGUGGGCCAGGUAGGCUGCGGGAAGUCAUCUCUGCUUUCUGCCCUGCUGGCUGAGAUGGACAAGGUGGAGGGACACGUGGCUCUCAAGGGUACUGUGGCCUAUGUGCCCCAGCAGGCCUGGAUUCAGAAUGACUCUCUCCAAGAGAACAUCCUGUUUGGGCACCCAAUGAAGGAAUACUACUACAAAGCAGUGUUGGAAGCCUGUGCCCUCCUCCCGGAUCUGGAAAUCUUGCCCAGUGGGGACCGGACAGAGAUAGGUGAGAAGGGUGUGAACCUGUCAGGGGGCCAGAAGCAGCGUGUGAGCCUGGCCCGAGCUGUGUACUGUAACUCUGACAUCUACCUCUUCGAUGACCCCCUCUCGGCUGUGGAUGCACAUGUUGGGAAGCACAUCUUUGAGAAGGUGGUUGGUCCCAUGGGCCUACUGAAGAGCAAGACACGGAUCCUGGUCACCCAUGGCGUCAGCUACCUGCCCCAAAUGGAUCUCAUCAUUGUCAUGAGUGGCGGCAAGAUAUCAGAGAUGGGCUCCUACCAGGAGCUGCUAGACCAGGAUGGGGCCUUCGCCGAGUUCCUGCGCACCUAUGCCAGUGCUGAGCAGGACCUGGCCUCAGAGGAUAACAGUGUCAGUGCUUCUGGGAAGGAGUCAAAGCCAGUGGAGAAUGGGAUGCUGGUGACAGUGGGGAAAUACCCUCAGAGGCAUCUCAGCAGCUCUUCUUCCCACAGUGGGGAUGCUGGCCAGCAACACAGCAGCACAGCCGAACUGCAGAAGGCUGGCGCCAAGGAGAAGGCCUGGAAGCUGAUGGAAGUGGACAAGGCACAGACAGGGCAGGUGCAACUGUCAGUGUACUGGGACUACAUGAAGGCCAUUGGCCUCUUCAUCACCUUCUUGAGUAUCUUUCUCUUCCUAUGCAACCACGUGUCUGCCCUGGCCUCCAAUUACUGGCUGAGCCUCUGGACAGAUGACCACCCCACUGUGAAUGGGACUCAGGAGCACAGGACGUACCGACUGAGUGUCUAUGGGGCCUUGGGCAUCUUGCAAGGCGUGUCAGUAUUCGGCUACUCCAUGGCUGUGUCCAUCGGGGGCAUCUUUGCCUCCCGUCACCUGCACCUAGACCUGCUGCGCAAUGUCCUGCGCUCGCCCAUGAGCUUCUUUGAGCGUACACCCAGCGGGAACCUAGUGAACCGCUUCUCCAAGGAGCUGGACACAGUGGACUCCAUGAUCCCACAGGUCAUCAAGAUGUUCAUGGGCUCACUCUUCAACGUCAUUGGAGCCGUCAUUAUAAUCCUGCUGGCCACACCUGUUGCCGCCGUUGUCAUCCCUCCAUUGGGCCUUAUCUACUUCUUUGUGCAGAGGUUCUAUGUGGCCUCCUCCCGACAGCUGAAGCGCCUAGAAUCUGUCAGCCGUUCUCCUGUGUACUCACACUUCAACGAGACCUUGCUGGGGGUCAGUGUCAUCCGUGCCUUUGAGGAGCAGGGGCGCUUCAUUCACCAUAGCGACCUGAAAGUGGAUGAAAAUCAGAAGGCCUACUACCCCAGCAUUGUGGCCAACAGGUGGCUUGCUGUGCGUCUUGAGUGUGUGGGCAAUUGCAUCGUACUGUUCGCUGCCCUGUUUGCUGUCAUAGCCCGGCACAGCCUCAGUGCUGGCUUGGUGGGCCUCUCGGUGUCUUACUCACUGCAGAUAACAUCGUACUUGAACUGGCUGGUUCGAAUGUCCUCUGAGAUGGAGACCAACAUCGUGGCUGUGGAGAGACUAAAAGAGUAUUCUGAAACAGAGAAGGAGGCUCCCUGGGAAAUCCAGGAGACAGCUCCACCCAGCACCUGGCCCCAUUUGGGCCGUGUAGAGUUCAGGAACUACUGCUUGAGAUAUCGAGAGGACUUGGACUUUGUUCUCAAGAACAUAAACGUCACCAUCGAGGGUGGAGAAAAGGUUGGUAUUGUGGGCCGUACAGGAGCUGGGAAGUCUUCUCUCACCCUGGGUUUGUUCCGGAUCAAUGAGUCUGCAGGUGGCGACAUCAUCAUCGAUGGGGUGAACAUUGCUAAGAUUGGCCUGCACAGCUUGCGCUUCAAAAUCACCAUCAUCCCCCAGGAUCCUGUUUUGUUCUCAGGUUCUCUCCGCAUGAACCUGGACCCUUUCAAUCGGUAUUCUGAUGAAGAAGUCUGGAUGGCCCUGGAGCUCGCUCACCUGAAGGGCUUCGUGUCAGCUUUGCCAGAUAAGCUGAAUCAUGAGUGUGCAGAAGGUGGAGAGAACCUAAGUGUUGGGCAGCGCCAGCUUGUGUGCCUGGCCCGGGCUCUGCUGAGGAAGACAAAGAUUCUAGUGUUGGACGAGGCUACAGCAGCUGUGGACCUAGAGACAGAUGACCUCAUUCAGUCCACCAUCAGGACACAGUUUGAAGACUGUACUGUGCUCACUAUUGCUCACCGCCUUAAUACCAUCAUGGACUAUACAAGGGUGAUCGUCUUGGACAAAGGAGAAGUCCGGGAGUGCGGUUCACCCUCCGAGCUCUUGCAGCAGAGGGGCAUCUUCUAUAGCAUGGCUAAGGAUGCUGGCUUGGUGUGAGCUGGGUACUGGCAUAUCUGGUAAGAACUAUAGGGCCAGCAUCCCAGUAUCCAGGGGUGAGCCGGCAACCCUGGGAACCCAAGCCUCCCGACAGAAACCAAAAAAUAAAGAAAACCAAGCUAAAGAGAAGCAAAACGCACAAAGCAGCAGCCACCAUCUGGCCCCAUCCUGAAUCUGACCUUGAAGAAACUGGGAGACAGAUGUACUCCACUUUAAACACACGCCUGGCCUCUGGGACCACUUGUGAGGCUCCCUGGAAGUUCCCCCAUGCUCCUGCUGUAGCCCACAGCAGGGCCUAGGGCAGCUAGUGACUAAACACCGCCACUGCCUCAUGUUUCUUAAGCCACAUCCAUGGAUGCCAACCCUUGGAGCCUGUCCCGACCCUGCCAGUUCUUCUGUCACUUCUGAUGGUCCUGUUGGUUCCAGAUGAGAGCUUCCUGUCUUCAGGCCUGCAGUUGAAAGCAUGGGAACAACAAAAACAAAGCAAAACACAAAUCAAAACCCUAGACAAAACAACAAAAACCAGAAUUGUUGCUUGAGUGUGAUGUCAGCUUGCUUGCCAUCUGGUCUUCAGGCACUCGGACACUGUUCCCUGCACCUAGUGCCGCUUUCAUGGGACUUCCUUUAGAUGCAGCCUUGUGAAGGGGCCUGGCCAGACAGGCUCAGAACCAGGCCAGGCAAUACUCCCUUCACAGGGACUACAUCCUGCCUCACCAUCCCUCUCUUGCUGUCUGCCUCUUCCUAUCCAUUGCCGGGGAGGCUCACUCCUCCCAGAUGGUGUAUGAGUAGUUAUGAGCCGCAAAAGUCAAGGGCAAACGGGUGUUACCCACAGAUGAGAAGGCUGGUACCAAAGACAGAGCCAGGGUCCCUUCCAGGACAAGAAGAGACCCAUUCACAAAUAGCAAUGAUUUCUCUCUCUCUCUCUCACACACACACACACACAUAGACACACACGCACCCUAUUUUUAAUAUUGUUCCAGGGAGAAAGGUGGUCCCAAGAAUUUGAUGUCUAGGGAGGAGGUACUGGACUCAGGGAAUAGCCGUGCCCAACUCUGCACUUCAGGCUGAAUCCUUCAAAACGGUCCUCUAGGUGUUUGAGUUACAGACCAAAGAGAGACCCAUGGGCAGUGAGAACUUGCUGCCAGCUCUGAAUUUCAGCACUGAUUUCCUUUUUCUUUAGGUGAUUUUCUUUUUCUUUAGGUAGCACUAUAUGUAUUUAUUAUUUUUGUAAGUCGUACCAUUCUUUCACGUUGCAGGACCCAUAUUUCUCCUGUGGGGUCUUUUUUGUAAUGACACUGGAAACGUGAGUAUUUGCAAAUAAUUUACAGUAAAGAAAAGAAAAAUAUUGUAUUUCUUUCUAAACAACCAUCUUACUUUCCUUUACGCACAGAUAAAAGUUUCUAGCCUCCUCUCUGGAAGAGCCAGGCUAGGAGAGCUAUGUGACCACUGUUGUCAGAAGUGGCAGGGCAGGACUAGAGAGAUGACGCAGUAGUUACGAGUGCCUGCUCCUCUUUCACCUGUGUAGGGGGCUUACAACUGCCUGUAUCUCUGGCUUCAAGGGGUCCCAUGCCCUCUUCUGGGCACACAAAUUAAAAAUAAAAAAGAAAUGAUGGAGGGGCCAAGGUUAAGAGCUA